CACCCUGUCACCAGAGACUAAUGGACAGAAACGAACUCUCUGAUCGUAGCGUUGUUUGUUCCCUUCAUUUUUUUUUCUAGCCAUGCUCUCGGCGAGCUGGUAGGCAGUCUGUAAUUCUCGUUUCAUGUUUUUGACGUAUUUCAGAUAGGACUUGGUGGAUGUACCAUCACUUGAGACUCCAAAUGCGCACCAUGUACUCUUUCUCGCCUCUGCUCUCCAUGUGUUUUGGGGGCUAACUUUUGAGAGAAUCUCCUCUUCAAGUCUAAAUUGUUGAAACAUAAGGCACCGUAUUCCUAAUUAUGGGAGGGCAGGCCAAAGGUAAAAAGAAAACCAAGCCAAAGAGGAAAGACAAUCGUCCAAACAAAGAUGCCGGCAUAGUGGGCUUGACACCUCAGGAGAGGAUGAAAGUGAGAAUGCAUGAAAAGGCAAAGAAGAAAACGGCUGCCAAGUACUCUGUUGAGCAACUACUGGAGAAGACUGAAGAAUGCAUGGACAGUUUUGACUUUGAGAUGGCUGGACUCUACUGUCAGCGUGCCCUGGACCUGGAGUCCACCAACCUGCAAGCUCUUGACAUGCUGGGACACAUCUCCUCUGAGCUUGGAGACAUACAGAAAGCUAAAGGAGUUUUUCUGCGUGCUGUGGAGCUAAGCCCGGAUGGAGGCCACAGUAAGUACAUGUACCUGGGGCAGAUCCACACUGGCCAGGAAGCUGUUGACUACUACACCAAAGGAAUACAAGUCCUGCUCUCUGCAUUGGACAAACAAGCACAGACCACUGACCAGGCCGGAGUUACAGCUCCUGUAGGUGAAGACCUUGAACACUCGACGAUGAAGGAUGUUAGCGUUGCUUACUGCUCCAUUGCUGAGCUUUACCUAACAGAUCUCUGCAUGGAGGAGGGUGCAUCAGACAGGUGCAGAAAGUUCAUUGAUAGAGCAUUGCAGUAUGACCCCGCCAACCCCGAAGGCCUUCAGCUCAUGGCCAGCUACUUGUUCAGUACAGAGAAAAAUCAGGAAGGCAAAGAAUACUUGUUGAAGAGUGUCAGACAGUGGCUGCCUGCCCAGAAACGGACUGAAGCUUCCUCCAGCCUAGAAGACGAUGUGCAGAACCAGCUCCCGCCGGACGAGCCCCCACAUGUAGCCCUCAUAGGCAGUACUCACAAAACCGUUGAACCCUCAGUUCACUGGGGGAAAAAAACCCAAACCGAUUGUCGUAGGAACGAGCCCUCAAAACGCUUCAGUAGGCACAGCGACUCGAUCCCGUAGCGUCGAAGCGGCAGCCCGGUGGCGUUGAGCAGGCGGGACCCGUGGCGUUCAGCAGACAGGACCCGUGGCUUUGAAAUAGUAAAUCCGUUCGCGUCCAAAAACAGUCCAAGCAUCCGUUCGUCCAUAAAACAGUCCAAUCAUCCGUUCGUGUCCAAAAACCAGGUGCAGA